CGAAUUUGGGCUGUCAUCAUUGGCAUCGAUGCCUAUCCAGGCAAUCCGCUCCAUGGUUGUGUCACGGACGCACUCACAAUGGAAACAUAUCUGAUCAAGAAUCUUGGCGUGCCGAGAAGACAGAUCCAACGGCUUAUUAGCUCCAAAUACCCAUCGUCUAGGGGCUCCUCCAUAGGUGUAACCAACUACUAUUCUCAUCCCACUCGUGCGAACAUCAUAGAUACCCUCCUCGGACUCUCAACAAACUCGAAUAUUAACAAGGGCGAUGGCAUUAUCAUCUUCUUCGCAGGACGCGGUUCAAGCUAUUAUCCACGUGAACAUUCUACCACAAUCUUUGGAGACAAUUCCGAACUUUCCCCUCUCAUGUCGACAUCAGUAGAAAAAUGGCAUCAAUGUGGCUGUCCCAUAGAGGCGCUCUGUCCCAUUGACCGUAAUACCAUUGGUGAUAAUGGCGUUCGCAUUCCUGACAUCAGCGACCGAGAGAUGGUUAACAUUCUCCGUAUUAUUUACCUUUCCACAGGCGCCUACAUAACCCUCAUCCUGGACUGUGGCCCAAGGGGGUACCGGAAUUCCGGCCCGGAACACCGGGUAGGUAGGUAG